AGUUGUUUGUGCGACUUACCGGAAACGCCUCCAUUCCGUCGAGCUUGCUGUCUUACCACGUGAAAGUUUUAGAGAGUUGGCAACCUUUUGACGCAAGAUGGGCAAGAAAGGAAAAAUCGGGAAAAGUCGAAAGGAUAAAUUUUAUCAUUUAGCAAAGGAGACAGGUUACCGCUCUCGGUCGGCCUUUAAACUCAUACAGCUGAAUAGAAAGUUUCAGUUUCUACAGAAAGCCCGUGCGCUGGUGGAUCUGUGUGCUGCUCCGGGGGGCUGGCUUCAGGUUGCAUCAAAGUUUAUGCCGGUCUCCAGUCUGAUUAUAGGAGUGGACCUUGUGCCUAUUAAACCAAUUCCUAACGUAGUGACCUUUCAGGAGGAUAUAACCAGUGACUCUUGCAGGCAGGCAAUUAAAAAGCAGCUGCAGACUUGGAAGGCAGAUGUUGUUCUGAAUGAUGGAGCUCCUAAUGUGGGAGCCAACUGGACACAUGAUGCUUUCUCACAAGUACACCUCUCUCUUAUGGCGCUUCGUCUGGCUUGUGAUUGUUUGGCGAAAGGCGGCUGGUUUAUUACUAAGGUUUUCCGCUCCUCGGAUUAUCAGUCCCUACUGUGGAUCCUGCAGCAGUUCUUCAAGAAAGUGAGCUCCACAAAACCCCAGGCCUCUCGUAGCGAAAGUGCUGAGAUUUUUGUGGUAUGCCAAGGAUAUUUUGCUCCAGAUAAAAUAGACAGCCGAUUCUUUGAUCCCAAAUUUGCUUUUAAAGACGUGGAAGGUCCUGUACAGACAGUCUCUCAGCUUGUGUCUCAAAAAAAGCCCAAGGCAGAGGGUUAUGCGGAAGGAUCACUCACUCUCUAUAAUCGGGUAUCCCUGAUUGAUUUCCUUAGAACUCCAAAUCCAGUGGACUUUUUGUCAAAGACCAGUGAGAUUGCUUUGGAUCAUCCAGAACUUGAGAAGCAUACAGCUACAACCGAUGACAUCCGUGAAUGCUGCCGAGACAUCAAAGUUCUGGGUCGCAAGGAACUCAGGUCACUUUUAAGCUGGCGGACAAAGUUACGCAGAUAUCUUGCAAAGCAAUUCAAGGAAUCAAAGGAAUCAGGAAAGGAAAUAAAUCUUAGCUCUGGUGAGGAGGAAGAUGGGGAAGAAGAAGAAAAAAGCCCUGCAGUUGCAUUGGAGGAUGAAAAUGAGGAACUUGACAGGAAGCUGGCAGAAGUGAAGGCUGAAGAGCUUGCCACUCUGAAAAGAAAGAAAAAACGCCUAUUGAAGACACUACAACGCCAGAGAGAACGAGUAGAGCUUAAAAUGGAUCUCCCUGGUGUGUCUAUUGCUGAUGAGGGGGAAACAGGCAUGUUUUCAUUGCGUUCCAUUGGCAAGAGUGAGCUCUUACAGUCCCUCUCUCAUGGUGACAUGUCUAUGGCAGACUCCCUUGUGUCAAAUGGUAUGAUCUGCGAUGGAGAUGUAGUCCUCUCUGACGAUGAAGGGUCAGUAGGAGACGAUGAAAUCUCUCUUGCAAGCGAUAUUGAGGAUGAAGACCUUCAGGAAGUGAGAGCACGGGAAGAAAACGCUAGGAAGACGUGCAUAAAGGAGGCUCCUUCCAUUGAGCAGUCUCAGGAAGAUGAGAAGGAAGAAACAAAUCCACUACUCGUUUCUCUUGAGGAAAAGUCCGAGCGUCAGCAAAGAGACACAAACCUAUGGUUUGGAAAAGGUGUUUUUUCCUCAAUGGAUUUUGAUGCAGAUGAAGAUCUGGAGAUUAAACAGACACAGCUGUUGAGGGAAAAGAAUGGAGAGAAGCCACUGAAAAAAGUAAAAGACAAAAAGAACAAGAAAGCCUUCAAAGGUACUGAGGGAACAGCAGCAGAGAGCCCAGAAGAGAAUCUAGAGACACAAAGCUCUGGAGAGAAGAUGGCACCCGUUACAGACAAUGCAGAUGGCGAUCUUAGUGAGUCAGACAGCGACAGCAGUGAGGAUGAAAAGGAUAUCAAGUCCAUGAAAAGAAAACAUAAACGGAAAAGAGACCAAGGAGAGGAUGAGACAGCUGACUUUGAAGUGGUUCCGGUAGAGCGUCCAGUGAAACGUACCCGUGUCUUGAACCCAGAAGGUCUUGCUAUUGGAACAGUUAUUGCUACAUCAAAGAAGUCUACCAGAGAUCUAAUUGACAAGUCCUUCAAUAGGUACGCUUUUAAUGAAGAUGAGGAUGAGCUCCCUGAUUGGUUUGUGACAGAGGAGAAGAAGCACCGAAUUAUUCAGGUCCCCGUGGACCGCCAAACGAUGGAGGAAUAUCGAAAGAGGCAACAGGAACUCAAUGCACGUCCCAUCAAAAAAGUGGCAGAGGCAAAGGCCAGAAAGAAGAGACGGAUGCUAAAGAAAAUGGAGCAAGCUAAGAAGAAGGCCGAAGCUGUGGUAAACACUGUUGACAUCUCAGAGAGGGAAAAAGCCGCACAGCUACGCAGUGUAUAUAAAAAAGCUGGUCUUGGAAAAGAGAAGCGCCAGGUUACAUAUGUGGUGUCUAAGAAGGGUGUUGGGCGAAAGGUUCGUCGUCCAGCUGGAGUCAAGGGUCAGUUCAAGGUUGUAGAUGCAAGGAUGAAGAAGGACAUGAGAAGUCAACGAGGGAGGAAGUAAUCUUGAAUAAAGGAGCAUCUACUUCCUAUUAUUGACAGCUUCUUGAUCAAACUUCCAGAGGUUUUGUACUUGGAGUUUUAUCAUUGGAAUUUACAUAUUAAUGAUGGACUAAAACUGAUCAAUUUAUUUUAUUCUCGGAAGUGGAAGCAGGACCAUUGAUCACUUUCUGUUGCCAUGUGUCACGGAUUGUAAUUAAAAGACUCUUCCCCUGGA